AUGACUGAUUUUUAACUUUGCAAGAAGCUAUUUUGCUUUGAAUAAAAAUGGCAGGAACAUGGUACUAUAAAUAUUGAGGUUGAAAUGUGGGAUUAGAUCAAAACCUAAAUUACAAAGAUGAAAAUUUAAAUCAUUAAAACUCAAGAUAAUGAAAUCAUUUAUGUAAAUGAUGGAAUAAUUUUGAGAGUGUGAGAAUAUUUUAUAUUUUAAUAAUAGCUAAUCACUACAAGAUGUUUUAAAUAAUCCAUAAAAUUUUACUAAUCUGGAGUAGAUCUAAAAACUUCAAUGGAAAAAAGAAAAUGAAAUAAACAUGAUGAAAAUUGUGAAAAGUAUGGCUUUUUGGAAUGGAAAAGUUCUUAAAGAUGUUGGUGGAUACUUCCUUGAUGGAUAAAAAUAGGGAUUUUGGAGGGAAAUAAUUGACAAUUAUUGGAGGUAAAUUCCAAAAUAAAAUAUUAAAAUAGUUAAGCUGAAGUAUAUGUAAUUGGAGAAUACAAUAAAAACAAAAAAGUUGGGGUAUGGAAAUACAUAUUUCAUAAUAACAUUAUGUUUUUAUUUAUUAAUUAUUUAGUGGCCUUGGAUAAUAUAAUUAUUAAGGUUAAAGAAUCGCAAAGUGGAUAUAGUUGAGAGAUAGAUUUUCGAAGUAAAGAUAACGGUGAAUAUUUUAGUUGA